AUGUCAACGGCUCGAGCUCAAGGUAUGAACAAAGAAGAAUGCGAUCAUUACUUUGACCUGCUCGGGAACCUUUUAACAGAAAAUAACCUAAUAUCCGCUCCCAGAAAAUUUUUCAAUGUAGAUGAAACUGGGGUUCAGCUAAAUAACAACCCAGGAAAGGUAAUUGCUACCAGAGGUUCCAAAAUGGUAAAUUGUGUAACAAGUGCAGAGAAAGGUGAGACUGUGGCAGUUAUAGCCUGCGUGAAUGCAGAAGGUCAUUUCCUUCCACCCUACUGCAUUAUGAAGGGAAAAAACAAGAAAAAAGAAUUUGAAGACGGAUUGCCACCAGGUGGUACAGUUGUAAUGAGUGAAAAAUCGGCGUAUGUAACUACGGAUAUUUUCAAAGCAUGGCUUCUUCAUCACUUUAUUCCACGUAAAGAACAAGGCAAAGUACUCCUCGUCCUUGACGGUCAUUCCUCUCAUUGCUCUGAUGUGGAAAUACUAGACCUGGCAACAGCCAAUGACAUAAUUCUGUUGUGCCUACCUAGCCACACUACUCAUUGGCUGCAGCCAUUAGAUAGAUCAUUCUUCAAGCCUCUUAAGGUUUAUUGGAAUGAAGCAUGUAAGAAAUGGGUACAAAACAAUCCCGGUCGCAAACUCUCCAGAUUGCAGUUUCCGUCACUCCUCAAUACUGCAUGGUGUAAAGCUGCCUCAGUUCAAAAUGCAGUAUCAGGAUUUAGGACAUGUGGUAUUUUUCCUUUUGAUAAAUCCAAAAUCCCAGAAUAUGCUUUUAUCUGCAAAAAUACUGCAAAUGCUGCUCUUAGAAAUGAGAAUUCACCGGAUGAAAAUAUUGGGGAAGCCACUGCUCAUGUCAUUAUUGAUGCCAACAACCAAAACAACGGGCGUUCUCCAAAGACAGCUGAUCCAGAUCAAAAUCCAUUUGAAGCUAUUUCAGCGGUUCCGUGCAUACCAGGAACGAGUGGGUGCCAGAAGCGAAAACAGCAUGCAGAGGUACUAACAUCACCAGAGGUAGUAGCAGCAAAACGAGAGAAAAAAGAGGCCAAAGAAAAAAAAGAUCUGCGAAACUGA